AGGUGGGGUUCCUGUGCGCUGGGAACCAAGCACAGCAUAUAAGCAUUGUUUGGAGGAAUAAGUGUGUCAGUCGUUCCGAAUAGCGCAUAUUUUAAUAAGAAUUUUUGCGAGAAAAAAAAAGAUUAAAAAUGCACAGCAGUUUAACGGUAAUAAUCUUUGGUGUAUUUUCGUUGGUACCAAAUAUACACGGCGGAAUUCUUUCGCAAGAAGAGGAUCCUCAUUAUAAGUAUAAGUAUGUGCCUGAAGAAGUAGAUUAUCACUCUCAUCCAAAAUACGCCUUUAAAUAUGGAGUAUCAGAUCCUCAGACAGGAGAUCACAAAUCACAGACGGAAGUACGUGAUGGUGAAGUUGUCAAAGGGCAGUACUCAUUGGUUGAACCCGAUGGUUCCAUCAGAACAGUCAAUUACGUAGCCGAUCCUGUAAAUGGCUUCAACGCUGUCGUUUCCAAAAGUGGGCCAUCUGUCCAUAUCGAGCCGCAACAACAUCUGGUACCGGAAACUGUAGUACAGGCAGCGCCACCUGUGUCUACUUACGUCAAAAAAGUCGUACCGACAUACGUCAAGCAAGUGGUACCUGUUUAUAAAUCGCUACCGGCCGCGACACCUAGCAUACAGUACCAGAAGCCGAUCGUGAAGUACACCACGCCGAUAGGCUUUCCAAAAACUUAUUACAACGAUUACGAAACAGCAUAUGCCUACCCUGGAAACUACGACUAUUACGGGGAUAUCCACAGUCACUAUUAAGAAAAAUGAAGAUAUUAUCCAUCAGUAACUUUCGUUGAGGCCUAAUAUGGUCAGCUCUCAUUCACUUUACAAGAGCCUCAAGUAUUUAAUGUACAGUGUGUUCACCAUCAGAAAAAAUAUCUAUACAACAAUAUUCAGAAGAUACAGGACAAUUUUGAUGUUUUUUGGUUAUUUUGCAAGUUAGAAUGUGAUUAUUCAGACAAAAUACUUCAACAUUUUUUUUUAAACUAAUAUCUACCAAGAGAGCUAACGGCUAAAAUAUAAGUUAACGCCCUGUAUAAGAAAGCAGGAAUUUAUUUAAGAUAAAUAUCGUUUUCUUCAAUUUCAAGUGGUCUAUAUAAAGUUAGGUUAUGUUUACAUUGCCAGAGGUUUCAUUUGAUUUGCCUUUACUUACAUACGAAAUAUUUUCUUUGAAUUCUGUAUUAUAGCUUGGAUGUCUCAAAGUUUAACAUAAUAUUUUAACAAUAAUAUAAAAUAUAUUUAAUAUUUUUACCUAGAUUUUGUAAGAAAAUAUACAAA